AUGUCAAGAGCCAAAGUUGAAUUGAUCCCUUGGGAUCCCAAGUCCCCAGACCACGUCACAAGAAUGAUAGAUCAGAGAAUAGCAUGCGGCUGGGCCUCGGACCUAGUGCCGCAAUGGCAGGAGAACCAACGAACCGGAUUCAAGUGCAUCUACUGGCUUGUACUUGCAGACGAGGAUCCUGACCGAGAAGCAAGGCUGGCAAAGCACAUCGCCGAAUACCCCAAAGAGAAGAAUCCCAUUCUAGACACAGCAGUAUCUAUCAGCGCAACCCCGCGAACCCCAACAGGCGCGUCCUUCCACCCUGUCGGUCACAUCUCUCUCGACAUCGACAACCCCGCCGCGGCGCCCCUCAAUCUCCCGAUCCCCAAGGAAAACGUCUACUGGAUCAAGAGCCUCUACGUUUCAUUCGCACUGCAGAGUUGCGGUAUCGCCAGGGCCGCCAUGGACUUGGUCGAGAGCAUGGCCACCAGUGAGCCGCUCUGCGCAAGGACGCUCAUGUUGGAUACGGUCUCUAAGGAGGACCAGUUGAGAAAGGAGUCCAUGGUUGUGGCGCAGGGAAAACUUCCGCCGACGCCGACGCAUGCAUGGUAUGAAAGGAGAGGAUAUAAACUGAUCCACACCAUCAACAACUUUUACGGGUUCCCAGAAAAGGAUCCGGAUGGCAACUUGCUCAUUCGAAGAACGGUGUUCUUACGCAGAGAUCUCGUCUAG